AUGACACUUAUUGACCCUCCUCCCGCAACCCACCCACCUUCCUACGAACCCUCUCCGCACCGUGGUCGUAAACGUCGCCGCUCAUCUGCUGCCUCUCCACCCCCUAUCAUAACCAGUACAUCCACAAAUUUCCGAGGUCGAGUUCGUCAUCGAUCACCUCAGACAUCACAUUUAACAACCUCCUCACCAUUACCAUCCUCACCCCUCAACCCCAAAUCAACAAACGCAAAUACAAACACAACCAUAACAUCCCUUACAGCCACAGCCCCUAGAAUCAAAUACCAAAAAACUCACGCUACGGCUGCAACAACGACAACGACAACAACUCCCUCCCCAUCACCAUCUCUCCUUCUUUUCUCCCCGCGCUCCAAAACCCGGAGAGGUCAAUCGCCCUCCCGUUCUCGAAGCAAGGGCCAAUCAGUCGAUAAAGAAGUUCCAAGAAGAAGACAGAGAACAAGAAGUAGGAGUCGAUCUCAUAAGGUUGCGAAUGAUGAGAAAGAUAGUAGCAAGGGAAAAAUGAAAGUUUUAUCCGGGACAGAAAGAGCUUGA